UUGGACACACAUCUCACAUGACUCUCCUACUUAACAAAUUUUGGUUGGAUUUCUUACAACUCUUACAUACAUAAGACCAAGUUACACGAUGACACAGAAUUAAUCAGCCAAACAUAAAAACAGAAAGAGAUGCCUGAGUUUUGCGUCACAGGAGGCACUGGGUUCAUAGCAGCUUACCUAGUUAAAGCCUUAUUAGAAAAAGGUCACAUAGUAAGGACUACAGUAAGAAACCCAGAUGAUUUGGAGAAGGUUGGUUAUCUAACUCAACUAAGUGGAGACAAAGAAAGAUUAAAGAUAUUAAAAGCAGAUCUGAUGGUGGAAGGGAGUUUUGAUGAGGCAGUGACUGGGGUUGAUGGUGUGUUUCAUACAGCAUCUCCUGUGAUUGUUCCAUAUGAUAACAAUAUUCAGGCUACUUUGAUUGAUCCAUGUAUAAAAGGAACCCAGAAUGUGCUGAACUCCUGCAUCAAAGCAAAUGUGAAACGCGUGGUGCUAACAUCUUCUUGCUCUUCCAUAAGAUACCGCGAUGAUGUGCAACAAGUUUCUCCUCUCAAUGAAUCUCAUUGGAGUGAUCCAGAAUACUGCAAACGCUAUAAUCUGUGGUAUGCAUAUGCAAAGACAUUGGGAGAAAGAGAGGCUUGGAGGAUUGCAGAGGAAAGUGGGCUUGAUCUAGUGGUUGUUAACCCCUCUUUCGUCGUUGGUCCACUUCUUGCACCACAGCCAGCCAGCACAUUGCUCAUGAUACUAAGCAUCGUCAAAGGUUCCAGAGGAGAGUACCCAAACACAACAGUCGGAUUUGUUCAUAUAGAUGACGUGAUUGCUGCCCACAUAUUGGCUAUGGAGGAGCCAAAAGCAUCUGGAAGGCUUGUAUGUUCAAGCACAGUAGCCCACUGGUCUCAAAUCAUCCAGAUGCUUCAGGCCAAAUAUCCUUCUUAUCCGUACGAAACCAAGUGUAGCAGCCAGGAAGGAGAUAAUAAUACGCAUAGCAUGGACACCACCAAAAUCACUCAAUUGGGAUUUUCUCAGUUCAAAUCUCUUGAACAAAUGUUUGAUGACUGCAUCAAAAGCUUUCAAGACAAAGGCUUCCUAUGAGAUCCAUGAGAUGAUCUUGAGUACCUCUUUAGGUUCUAACUUGUUUGUAUCAUAUAUCUCAUUCAAAAUAAGGAGCCCAUAAACCAAAAUUUGAAGAAUAGUUAAAAAUAGUCUUUGAUGUGUGAAGGAAAUAAGUUUUAUUCCUUUCUUUUACAAAGAUUUUUCUCUAGUUGCGUUGUUGAUUCAUGCAAUAAAAUAUGUAUUUAAUAUGAUCAAGUUGAGUUGCAGACUA